GAUGGAUAUAUGCAGGGAUGGUGCAGAUAGGUGAUGAGUACAGAGUCUGUGAGCCCUGUGUCUGCAAAUAAAAUGAUGGUGAGCAGGAUCAUCAAUCAGAAACUUGGACUCAGCCUCAGGAGAGCUAAGUAUAGUCAAAAAAUAAGCAGGAGCCUUGUUCUUAUCCACAUAGCAAGAGUGCUAACAUAAAUAAUUAAUCAAAAAAAUGUGAAGGAACUCCUCUGUUAAAAUGCCACAGAGUAAAUGAUGCAUGUUGAAGGAGAAGAGAAGGAUCAGGAGACAAGAGAAGAUGGGCAUGAACUGAGUCUACUUCUAUAUUCCAGUAAAGACAAGGAUACUGGAGAGGAAGAAUGAUAAAGAGCAACCAAACUCUCUUCAGCCAGUUCCUCCUCCUGGGCCUGCCUAUCCCCGCAGAGCACCAGGAACUCUUCUUUGUCCUGUUCCUGGCAAUGUACCUCACCACCAUCCUGGGGAACCUCAUCAUCAUCAUCCUCAUUCGACUGGACUCNCAUCUCCACACACCCAUGUACUUCUUUCUCAGCAACUUGUCCUUCUCUGAUCUCUGCUUUUCCUCUGUCACAAUGCCCAAGUUGCUGCAGAACAUGCAGAGCCAGGACACAUCCAUCACCUAUGCAGGUUGCCUGACACAAAUGUACUUUUUUGUUCUUUUUGGAGGCCUGGAAAUCUUCCUGCUUGUGGUCAUGGCCUAUGACCGCUAUGUGGCCAUCUGCCUUCCCCUUCACUACACCAGCAUCAUGAGUCUCAAGCUCUGUGUGUGUGCAGUGAUGAUAUCCUGGGUAUUUAACAUGCUGUAUUCCAUGUUGCACACUCUACUCUUGGCUAGGUUGUCAUUCUGUGAGGACAACAUGAUCCGUCACUUUUUCUGUGACAUGUCUGCCCUGUUCAAGUUGGCCUGCUCUGAUAUUUAUAUAAAUGAACUUAUGAUAUUUAUCUUGGGAGGGCCCCUUAUGGUCAUUCCAUUCUUACUCAUUGUUGUGUCCUAUGUACAAAUUAUCUUCUCUAUUCUAAAGGCUUCUUCUACUCGGGCCAUAUACAAGGUCUUCUCUACCUGUGGCUCCCACCUGACUGUGGUGUCACUAUUCUAUGGGACAAUUAUUGGUCUCUACUUAUGUCCAUCAGAUAAUAACUUUACAGCAAAGGAGGCUUCUAUUGCCAUGAUGUACACAGUGGUGACUCCCAUGCUAAACCCUUUCAUCUAUAGCCUGAGGAACAGAGAUAUAAAGGAGGCCCUUAUAAACGUUCUUAUCAAGAAAAUACCUUUAUAA